CUUCAUAGUCUGCAGUUCAUUAUGAGUUUCUCAUCAACUGGUUUCAAGAACUUAGCACAGAUUAGCCAGGCAGUUUUAUGAAGAUCAACGACUUCUCGCCAAUAACUGCAAUCACCUGAGACAAAUUGGAAAAUAAUUUGCCUCUAUUACCGAUUCGAUUGAAUUUGUCGUUACGGAGCGGUGCGAAAGAAGAAAGAUAACUAUAGUUUACUGCAGUUUCUUAUCGUUAUCCAAAUUCUAAGGCAUGAAUAAUGGAACGUGUAAAACCCGAACGCCGAGAUUUGCAUCCAGAGCUUCCGUGGAGAGAAAGCAGCUGGGCCAAAAAUUUAAAUGUAGAGAGCGAGAUUUUAGGAACAAUGUAUUCCAAACAAGACAUCAACCCAGGCGUAGCCAUUCGAAAAAUUGCCUUGCUUUUCGAGAAUCGUAAGUUUGAUGAAUGUGCUCUGCUGAUCAGACGACUGAACUCUUUAACCCUCAAAACAAUUAUUUCUGAGUUACCAGUAGAUAUAUUGGUAGACGCCAUUCCGCAUAGUCUGGGAAUUUUGGAUGUUCUUUUCACUAAGUUUUACGAUGAUGAUGGAGAUGAUUUUCCAACUUUUUUCCUGCAGUUGGAUCAGGUUGUGAAGCAGAUAGUUCACUGGCUGGCCAGCCUUGAAGAUCCAGCCUUACGACCAAAACUUCCCCCUCAAGAUCUUUACAUGCCGCAUGUCAGAAACAUUAUAUCUGUCAUAGUUCAGAUUGACAGUAAGAUGCACAAGAAGUUAAAGAAACAAAUGGAAACUUUGCAAAAUACUUUGGAAAGCAUUGGUCAGCAUGGUUUGGUGGAUACAUCAGACAACAAACUAAUGCAUCUGCAUGAUGCACUAAAAAUUGAGUUUGAAAAAAUGUCCCAUCAAUAUCGCUCUGCUGUGAUGAAGUUGGAAGAGCUCAGUCUUGUACAUCACACUACUUUGUCCCGGAGCCUGACAAAAGCUGCUCCAACAGAUGCCAGUCACCAAAGGCUUAUGCAGCUUAAUCAAACUCAUAUACAGGACAGGUUAAUCAAAAAUAAAAGUUUGUUCAAUGUAAUUGAGCCUGCAGUAACAAAUCAAACGCUUUUAAAACUUUUACAGACAUUAGAGGAAAGAAUUGAGAAUGACAAAGAUGUGUUGUUUUAUUUCUCAGAAUUGAGAAAAGAUAUGAAGACAAUACCCCAAAAUGCUGUGAUUGCCACAAUAUUUCAGCGUUACUCUGUGGCCUAUGGAAAAGUGAUAGCUUUCAUGGAAGAGUUUGGGCUUGAUGAAAAAGAUGGAGACAGUGAUUCAGACUCCCCUGCAGAGGAGGGAGUGAAUGGUUUCCGUUACAGAACCAGACCAAGAAAUACGGUGAAUAGCAACGUCAGAGAAACACAGAGCAAAAGUUCUUCUGCUACUUCAAAGAAAACAACAGUAUUUGGUGCUGGAGGUUGCCUGGGUGCAUCUCACCAGAAAAAUUCCCAUCCAUAUUCUCCAAGCAAUAAAGGACAUCAGCAACAGCAGCAGCAGCAACCACAACAGCAUGGAUCAUAUUCCCACCCAAACUUCCAUCACCAUCAUCCACAACAUCAGCAGCAACAGCAAAACCACCAUCAGCACCAGCAAGUAAACAACCACAUGGACACAGCACACAUGGUAGGAGCACAAAUGGCAGCACACCCACAUGGCACUCAUCCCUCACAUUCACAAAGCGCUAAUGCUUUAUAUGCUGCUGGGGACGGCAACAGCAAGGAGGUGCAGGCACUGAGGAAUGAAGUUCUGGUGCUCAGAAAAGAACUGUCAAAAUCAAGGGAAAUGAUACAGCGACUGCAGGAGAGAGAAAGGGCAUUACAAGACAGGCUCUCUGAACAAGCCCAGAAACAGCUGGAGCAGGGACAUAGAUUUGAAGACAUCAGUUUAGGUGACAAUCGUCCUACACAGUUAAUUCGACAGUAUGGAAGCCUGUAUGCAGAUGCUCGACUUGAUGCCCUUGAUGCAUUAGAUGCUCUGCCUGACCUGACUGGCUUUGAUGAUUUGAAAGGGAAACUGCUGUUCUCUGUUGUGGUGUUAUCUUUCCGUGCUGCACAACAGUCAUUAAAAGAAAAGAAGAUGAAACUUCGUCAACUACUGUACAUGCCAUUAACACAUGAUGCUGCUGCAAGCACUGCCCCAAUGAUCAGAGAGAUGGAGGUCAACAUUGCAACAUAUCUAAGAAAAACUGCAGAAAACUUUGAUGUGACCAUUUUGGUAGAGGAAGUCUGCAAUCAACUCUGGGCCACUCUGUACGACUAUCCAAGCUUAAAGAACAGUGAUGGAUUAAAAAUCUAUGUGACAGAAUGUGUCCGCCUGGCAUGGAAACUUUCUGUGCAAAACCCACCGUUGAGAAUAGAAUACGAUUGCAGAGAGUUCCACAGCAGCAUGCACACACGUUUUCAUACUUCAGACUCUGACUCUGCAAUGAUCCAGUCAUACCUGUGGCCUGCAUUAAUGGAAGGCCAAACUGGAACCUGUCUGUACAAAGGGGUUGUGAUCACAUAGUUGAUUCAGUAAAAAUGCCACAAACAGUUUUACAUACUAUCUUUACUAAUAGUUUCCUUAUAAUACUAUUAUAAGGGUUUUUUUCUGGAUGGCUGAACAUAACAUGUACUACAAAAAUGCCAAUAUAUAUAU